UAAUGUCAUUUCGGUGUGCCUCACGAGUUGAGCCCAUUACCAGCGGAGCGCCUGUGUAUUCUGCGGUACUUUGACAAUUGUAGAUGAACGCCAGAAAGUCAUUCUUUUGUCCCCUCUAUUUCCAAUGUAUUGGCCAACUUUUUAGGUUAAUUUAUCUGCUCACCGCAGGGAAGGCUACAUUUCAACGGCAUAGCUGGGCACUUUCUGGACUUUUCAUCCUAUGCCAAUGAGACGCAACGUGAAUCAUUUUUGCAAGUUCAGGAAUAUUGGUUCCGGACACUUUGUUUAUCACAACUGAACACAUUUGGUAGAAGUUGAAGUCAGAUGAACCUGGAGAGUUCUGCAGGCUUCCACCAGGGCGGCGUGGCACGCCAGAGGGACAUGAUGGAGCAGAAAGUCAGCAAGCUGACGUUUGGCUUCCAACGCAGCUCCACGUCGGACGAUGACUCUGGCUGUGCUCUGGAGGAGUACGCGUGGGUCCCCCCCGGCCUUCGACCGGAACAGGUGCAGUUGUAUUUCUCCUGUCUGCCUGAGGACAAGGUCCCCUACGUGAACAGUCCUGGAGAGAAGCACAGGAUCAAGCAGCUCCUCUACCAACUGCCUCCACACGAUAACGAGGUGCGCUACUGCCAGUCCCUCAGCGAGGAGGAGAAGAAGGAGCUGCACAUGUUCAGCGUCCAGAGGAAGAAGGAGGCGCUGGGGAGAGGCACGCUGAAGCUGCUGCCUCGCUCUCUCCUACACAACGUCUGCCAGCAUUGUGGGGAGAACGUGAAUGGAGGAGAGAUGGCCGUGCUUGCUUCAAGGGCCGGCCCUGGCCUGUGCUGGCACCCAGCAUGCUUUGCGUGCUCCACCUGUAACGAGCUUCUGGUGGACCUCAUCUACUUCUACCAAGAAGGCAAGAUUCACUGUGGCAGACACCACGCAGAGCUACUGAAACCUCGAUGCACAGCCUGCGACGAGAUUAUCUUUGCUGAUGAGUGCACAGAGGCGGAGGGACGCCACUGGCACAUGAAGCACUUCUCCUGUUUCGAAUGCGAGACCGUUCUGGGAGGCCAGCGCUACAUCAUGAAGGAUGGGCGGCCAUAUUGCUGCGGGUGCUUUGAAUCGCUCUACGCCGAGUACUGUGAGGCCUGUGGAGAACACAUUGGUGUGGACCAUGCCCAGAUGACCUACGACGGGCUCCACUGGCACGCCACCGAGAGCUGCUUCAGCUGUGCCCAGUGUAAGAGCUCCCUGCUGGGCUGCCCCUUCCUGCCUCGCCAGGGUCGCAUCUACUGCUCCAAGGUGUGCAGCCUGGGUGAGGACGUCCAAGCCUCCGACUCCUCCGACUCCGCCUUCCAGUCCGCCCGCUCCCGCGAGUCUCGCCGGAGCGUGCGCAUGGGGAAGAGCAGCCGCUCGGCCGACCAGUGCCGCCAGUCCCUCCUCUUCUCGCCGUCCGUCAACUACAAGUUCCCCGGCCUCGCCGCCGACGUCAACGACGACACGCUCACCAACAAGCUGGCGCACAUGAGCCUGUCGGACGAGCGCUUCUGGCGGGGCCGUGGCGAGGAGGUGGAGGCCCCCGAGGACCGGGAGGAGGAGUGGGCCGAGCACGAGGACUACAUGACCCAGCUGCUGCUCAAGUUCGGCGAGCACGGCGUCUUCCAGCAGGCGGACGAGCCGCGGCCCGCCGACCCGUGGAUGACGGAGACGGAGGCCAAGCUGAAGCAGGAGGUGAAGGCUGGGAUGGCCGGCGGAGGGGGCGGGGUCGGCGGUGGGGGAAACCAGAGCCUGGCCAGUAAGAAGUACCAGGCCGAUAUGUACUGGGCCCAGUCCCAGGACGGGCUAGGGGACUCGGCCUACGGCAGCCACCCUGGGCCGGCCAGCAGCAGGAAGAUCCAGGAGCUGGAGCUGGAGCACGGAGCUGGAGCGGGCUUCCAGAGAGAAGAGAAGCAGUGGUACGAUGACUCCCUGGAGUGCAUCACCGAUGAGUUGAAGCAGGCAGAGCAGAGCGUCAGAGACUCCAUGGAUUCCCUGGCACUCUCCAAUAUCACCGGGGCUUCCGUUGAUGGCGACAGUAAGGACAGACCGCUGGUCUUCUCUCUCCACAACUUCCAGGAGCUGGAGACAGAGGACUGUGAGAAAAGCAGCAACAUGGGAACCUUAAACUCCUCCAUGUUGCAUCGAAGUGCCAAUUCCCUAAAGAGCCUUACGUCUGAGCUGGAGCAGGAGGAGGUGGAGGAGAACAUCCCAGAGGAGGAGGAGGAAGAGGAGGAGUCCCCUCUACCCGAGGAGAGACCCAAGCCCCCUUACCUCCCUGCACUGAGGAGAACACGCUCCCAGUCCAGGCCCCAGCAGGUCAAAUUCUCCGACGACGUCAUCGACAACCAUCGCUACGGCGACCUGCCCGUGCGCCAGCCCCCCAUGAGUGAGCGGACCAGGCGGCGGGCGUACCACUUUGAGGAGCACGACCAGGAGCUUGGCGCCGGACGCCAUCAUCACCACCAUCAUCACAACCACCAGCACAGGCGGCGCAGAAGCCGCAAGUCGCGCUCCGACAACGCCCUCCACCUGGUGCCCAAGGAGAGGGCCCGCGUGUUCUACCGAGAGGACCACAGAGGGCACCAGGCCCUCAACCCCAAGGGGCCCCAGGCCUUCCUGGCUGGCCAGCCAGGCCACAUCCAGCGGCCCCACGCUCACCCCCGCGCAAACCCCGACUACGGGCUGCAGGGUCCGGCCAUGGAGAGGUUUCUGGGGCUGUGUGCGGAGGACGACGACUGGUGCUCCACCUGCUCAUCUUCCUCCUCUGAGUCGGAGGAGGAGGGCUUCUUCCUGGGCCAGCCCAUCCCUCAGCCCAGGCCGCACAGACACUACUACACAGAGGACCUGCCCAGCCCCAUGGCAGGCUUGCCUUCGCCGCCUUACGGCCCCCGGACUAAGUCCAACAAGAAGAAGGGACACAAGGGGAAGAACUGUAUCAUUUCUUAAGACUUUCAUGAUGUCCCCGGCUUGAA